AUGGCUUCAGCAUCUAGUCUUAGCAAGGUCUUAAAUACCAUGUCCACCACAAAGAAAACACUACUUCGCAAGCUCGCUGCUUCGAAGGUCAAUUUUUAUCGCCAUUCUUUGAAGCCUAUUCUUCAAGCCGUUUACGCACUCUACCAAAUUGGAUACCUGAAACCAGGAAUGCUUCUUGAUCCGGUUCUCAUCAAUACCAUUGCGGGAUGGUGGAAAAUGACAGGAGCAGAAUUACGCGAAACGGUCCAGAAGGAAGAAUUGAUUCAUGAUAGUGAUGGAUUGACCAGAAUAGAUUGUAUCAAUCUGCUUCUGAAAGACGUCAUUUGCAUUUGGAAUGGCAAGGAAGGGGAAAAUGACCUUGACGAUCUGUCAAUGCCCAGAUCUAUCUUGGAGAUUUCUGCCGCCAUCAAAUUGAAUUCUCAAGUCAUCGAUUUGCUUCUUAGUUCGGUUUAUGCGGAUGCUAUAUUGCGAGGUGGCUAUCCGAUAAGUUUCCCUGGCUCUCCCCAAUUGAUAACUCUUGACGACUUUACGGAGGGAUUUCCCGAAAACUUUGCAAAUAUGGGUUCCAAGCGGAAGAUAGCAGAGACUUUGAAAAAAGCACCUGAGUGCUUGAAACUCGUAAAGCAUCUCUCUGAAAACUACGGAGGAUACCUGAUCCCUGCAAAUGGUAAGUUGAAGAUAUCCGGAUUCCCAGCGUCCGUCCAUCAGUUUGUGGUUGUUCAAGCACCGAAGCACUCUUCUGGUACAUCACCCAAACCCAAUGAUGAGAAAACAGGACCGAUGGUGCUUUUUCAUGGCACGAGUCUUUCAUACCUACCAAGUAUUCUUUUGAGCGGCCUAGAAGCCAAGAGCGAAGAGCUUUAUGGUAAGGUUUCCACCCUCUUCAUGGCAGAGGAGCCUGCGAGUUCCUACUUUUACGUGAAGCGUCGAGUUAUCGAGUCAUUGUGGGAACCAGAUCUUUACUCGGAAUGCGGGGUACUGUUAGCUUGUGAGCUAUCACGAACGAGGAAGCCAGAUUGGGAUUAUGAAACACAUCCGGACGGCGAUGUCAAGAUUGGCAGACCUCAACCAAUUCAUAUCUUUGGCCCCGAAGAUACCAGGUUCAUCAAAGUAAGAUAUGUAUUCAUCCUUCCAGAUGAUGUUGCUAGUGACUACCUAUUGGCCCCUACACUUUCAACCUUGAAACCGUCGAUGUUGAAAGCUUUCAAGUCGAAAAUCUUCCAGGGGAUCUAAGCAGAUAGGUUCGACAAACUUCAAAAGGAUUGCGUGCCGCCCAGGCUGAAAUGUGAGAAAAUCUAGACUUCACGAACGUCUUCUUCUUGGGAUGAGUUUGUUAUACCUACAUAGA